AUGGAGCAGCAAAUACCACUCAACCACGAGGCAUCGGCCGGCGAUACGAACAUGCAGGUCACGCCCGAAAUGCCCGCCGAGGUGGUCCAGUGUCUCUCCAACGCCAGGUUCCUGCACCUAGCUACGUGCUUCGAAAACAUCCCCCAUGUCUCGCUCAUGAACUACACAUAUCUUCCGUCGUCGCCGUACUCGGGCUCGGAUCCUGUCAUCGUCAUGACCACUAACCCGGCCAGCAAGAAGACGAACAACCUAGUAGCGAACCCAAACGUGUCGCUCCUGGUACACGAUUGGGUCUCGCACCGCCCGUCAACAACGCAGCGGAGACUGUCGGGGGGAUCAUUUCCGGGGCCCGAAAACCCGAGCCCGCUCGCGACGCUGCUCUUCAACCUCAACGCGACUGAGAUGUCGUCUAUCAGUGCCACCAUAACCGGAUCAGCGCGGCUGGUGGACAGCGGCUCCGAAGAGGAGCGCUACUUCCGCGAGAAGCACCUCCAGAAUAACACGUUUGACGCCUCCUCGUCUCUCAAUUUGGUAGGGGACCAGGCACAAGAAGAGGGCGACGGCGGCAGGGGCCAUUUUGUAGCCGGCGAGGAGGUUCGCGUCAUCGUCGUGGCUAUCCGGCACGUCCGUAUUGCGGACUGGAAGGGCUCUGUCCGUGACUGGGUUAUCUCUCCGCCAGCAUCGGCACCGGGCGUGCCCGUAAGUCAGUUACUUAAUGGUAUUCACUAG